AUGGCUAUUGUUGAUCAUGAAUAUUUGAGUUCGUAUUUUGGCCCAUUUGCAGGACGAACAUUCCUGUUAAUGCAAAGUAAUGGAUUCAAUGUCAACGAUGCCACUUAUUCUCAGUUAACAGCAGUCACAAGGAUAGGCCAAAAUCGUGUCCUUAGUUUGAUGUCUGGAAGAUUGUUUUCAAAGGAUUGCAUUUUCUCAUUUCAUUUGAAAUCAGGUGGUAAUUAUUUGGGUAUUGGUUUAGAUGCUCAUUUGAGUGAAAAUUGCACUUAUAAAACUAACCAUUAA